AUGCGGGAUUACAAACGGCGCUCAGACUGUGCUUUGCUUGAUGACGCACUAAUCCGCUUCACAGAGAUGGGAUCUUGUCAAAGUCAAGAAAAUCAAGAAUUGGCUGCUAGGAACAAACAAAUUGAAAAGCAAAUCAAUCAAGAUAAACGAGCUGGCUCGAGUAUUGUCAAAUUACUGCUUCUUGGUGCUGGUGAAUGCGGUAAAUCUACCGUGCUCAAGCAAAUGCAAAUUUUGCAUAGCAACGGUUUCACCGAAGAAGAAAUCAACGAAAAAAAGGCUAUUGUUUAUAAUAACGUGGUCACAUCAAUGUGCACGAUACUGAAGGCGAUGGACAACGUCUUGCAUAUUCCUCUAGAAGAUGGUGAAAAAGAGAAGGAGAAGGCCAUUGUGCUACGAGUACAAGAAAUGGGCGAGGAAAAUGAGGCGCUGACCGACGAAGUGUCAAAAGCUAUUCAGUCAUUGUGGUCCGAUCCAGGAGUGAAGAAAGCCUUUGAGAUGCGUAGCGAGUACCAGUUGACAGAUUCUGCCAAAUAUUUUCUCGAUUCAUGUGCUAGAGUAAGUGAACCAGGCUAUAGGCCUUCCGAACAGGAUAUCUUAUAUUCCCGAGUGGCAACGACAGGUGUUGUGGAAGUGAAAUUCAAAAUCAAGGAACUGGACUUCAGAGUAUUCGACGUGGGUGGUCAACGUUCCGAAAGAAGAAAAUGGAUCCACUGCUUUGAUAAUGUAGAAUCUAUCAUUUUUAUUACGGCUAUCAGUGAAUAUGACCAAGUGUUAUUUGAAGACGAAACAACGAACCGUAUGAUAGAAUCUAUGCAGUUAUUCAAUUCGAUUUGCAACAGCACUUGGUUUUUAGCUACAGCAAUGAUUUUAUUCUUGAAUAAAAAGGAUCUCUUUAUGGAAAAAAUUAAAAGGGUCAAUAUCACGACAGCAUUUCCCGAUUAUGAAGGAGGACAAAACUACGACGAGGCAGUUGCUUUCAUCAAACUCAAAUUUGCCGAACUGAAUCUGAAUCCCGACAAAAAGACGAUUUAUAUGCAUGAAACGUGCGCCACUGACACAAAUCAGGUACAACUUGUCAUAUCCAGUGUGAUCGACACGAUCAUACAGAAGAACCUACAAAAGGCUGGAAUGAUGUGA